AACCACUUUGCGGUUUGCACUCAGUUUCAGCCAGCUACACUAACUUGUUGCCAUGAGGAAAAUAACCUGGACGCCCCUUGCCAGGUGUGGAAGCACCACUGCCCGGUGAAGUGCUCCGUGGCCAAGGUGCAACGGGAGCGCUGGAGUGGCAAUGGCACCUGGGCAGAGCAGGGAGGACCUCGGCCAGCAGCGCCAGGCAAUGAAAGCAGGGGAGGAUGAGGAUGACAGCAGAGGCGGCCACCGCGGCAGCAGCAGCAGCAACCUCCGCAAGCUUUCUGCUCCGCCAGGCUGUGGAACAUUUACUUUUCUGUCAUCUGUGAUUGCUGCUAUAAGUGGACUUCUGAUGGGUUAUGAGUUGGGACUUAUCUCUGGAGCUCUUCUUCAGAUGAGCAGCAUGUUAGCUCUCUCUUGCAAACAACAAGAAGUAAUUGUAAGUUCCCUUCUUUUUGGGGCCUUAUUUGCAUCCCUCACUGGUGGAUUCCUGAUAGACCGAUUUGGAAGGAGAUUUGCUAUUAUUAUUGCAUCUUCUUUACUUGUUUUGGGUAGUCUGAUCUUACUGCCCUAUGAAUCGUAUGGAAUACUUAUUGUGGGACGGAUUGCCAUAGGUAUUUCCAUAUCAUUAUCAUCAAUUGCUACAUGUGUAUAUAUUGCUGAGAUCGCCCCACAGCACAGAAGAGGCCUCCUUGUUUCUUUAAAUGAACUCAUGAUUGUGAUAGGCAUUCUUUUUGCCUAUAUUUCAAACUAUGCAUUUGCCAGUGUAUCUCAUGGCUGGAAGUAUAUGUUUGGCCUUGUGAUUCCAUUAGGUGCCUUGCAAGCUAUUGCCAUGUAUUUCCUUCCUCCAAGUCCUCGAUUUCUGGUUAUGAAAAAUAAUGAUGAAGCUGCAAGAAAAGUACUGGAGAGGCUGCGGGAAACUUCAGAUGCUAACAAAGAACUUACUGUGAUCAAGUCUUCCUUGAAAGAUGAACAUCAGUAUAGUUUCCUGGACCUUUUUCGCUCAAAAAACAACAUGAGGGCACGAAUGUUGGUAGGACUUAUGCUAGUGUUUUUUGUGCAAACAACAGGACAACCCAACAUUUUAUUUUAUGCAUCUACUAUUUUGAAGUCAGUUGGGUUCCAAAGCAAUGAAGCUGCUAGCUUGGCUUCUACAGGAGUUGGAGUGGUUAAAGUGGUUAGCACAGUCCCACCCAUAGUUUUUGUUGAUCAGGUUGGAAGUAAAACAUUUCUAUGCAUUGGUUCUUCUGUUAUGGCAGUAUCAUUGGUCACCAUGGGGUUAGUGAACCGUAAUAUAAACGUGAAUUUCACCAAUGUCUGUAAAAGCCAGUCUCUGGAGGAUUCCUUUCUUCGUAGACCAGCAAACCUGAGCAAUCUUACCAAUGAGAGUCUCAAGGGCCUCUUUGCUAGUAUGGCUUCACGGGAAAGAAUAUCAUUCAAUAUGCAGAAAAAAAUUGGCAUCGCUGAGACAGGAGAACAGAACAGAACUGCUCUGACAGGGAGCAAAAGCACUACAGGAUCUCACAUGGAAAGCGAAGAAGUUCCUGUUGUCCUGAAAUGGCUCUCACUGGCCAGCUUGCUUGCUUAUGUUGCUGCAUUUUCCAUAGGUCUUGGACCAAUGUCUUGGCUAGUAUUGAGUGAAAUUUUCCCUGGUGGGAUCAGAGGACGGGCCAUGGCUUUGACCUCUAGCAUGAACUGGGGUAUUAAUCUUCUCAUCUCCUUGACAUUUUUGACUGUAACUGACCUUAUUGGCUUGUCCUGGAUGUGUUUCAUUUACACAAUAAUGAGUCUAGCAUCCCUGGCUUUUGUUAUUGUGUUUAUACCAGAGACAAAAGGCUGCUCUUUGGAGCAAAUAUCCAUGGAACUAGCUAAACAGAAAUAUGUGAAGACCUCCUUGUGCUGGGUGAACCAGCGCAGAGAGAAAUUGGUGCCAGUGGAACCUCCCCAGAAGGAGAAAGACCAGUUCUACUAAAGCCAAGGGCGGUCAAGGCAGCCUUCGCCAAUGGACUGAUACAAAAAAAGCGUACAACGAUGCUCACACUAUGAUGGGACACUCACUACCUUUAUUAUACACAAGAUAUUCCCCCUAUCAUUCUUUAGUAGAACUUCUUUAAGGGACAGUUUAUGGCCAACAUUAAACAUUGUUGUAGUUUAUAACUUA